AUGACGCCAUCCGCUGACUCCUACGACUGCCUGCCUUCGCAUCGCCCACGGCAGGUGUGCGUGUCGACCACCAACCGGAACUUCCCCGGCCGCAUGGGGCACAAGGAGGGCCAGAUCUACCUGGCGUCUCCCUUCACCGCCGCAGCCAGCGCGCUCGCAGGCCGGGUGUGCGACCCCCGCGACUACUUGCAGUGA